CGGGGUCGCCGGCGUGCCAAGUUGCCAUGGCCUUGGCCCCGUUUGGUCGCAUGGUCAGAUUCACUUACUACGCGGCUUGCAGUGAUCGGCUUUCUUGCGCCGAGAGGAUGCUGAUCCGAAUCGUAUCCCAUUUCGGCUCAGAACUGUAGAUGCACAGAGCCGAGGACUGCUAUGGGCUGCACGUCCUCCAGUGGCGCAACUGCUGACGGGUCUGAAGUUCCGAGAGCGAAGUAUGCGGCUGAAACUCCGGGCACGCCCAAGGCCAGCCCAUCCUGCCCGUCUAGACCACUGCCAACCUCAGGAGUGGUUCAGGAGAGCGAUGGCACUGAAGUCACGGCGCGUCCGAUGGGGCUCCUGCAAGACGCCGAUGGCGACGAGGCCCACGAGUUCUGGGAGGAGGACCCAAGGAGCCUCAGCCAAGGACCAGCGAAGGAAAACCCACAGCUUUCGCGAAGGCAACUCGGUCCGCGAAAGCUCCGCAGGUUGCCCUUUCAAGGGGCCGCCGCGAAAGCGCUGCAAAGGGUUGACGCAAAAGCCGCCGCGAAAGGAAACCACACGCGCGAAAGCUCCGCAGAGGACGGGUCAAAUGCAUCGAAUCUUUGCCAAGGAUCUUUUGCAGGUGCGCUGAAGGAGAUCUCUGUGACGUUUAGUGAGGAGUUGUUGAAGACGGAGCAAGCUCCAGACCACUUUCAAAGCAAAGCUUGAAAGUUGUUUCACGACCGCGAGUGCACCACUCAGUCAACGUAAAUGUGCGCUUGCCAGAUGGAAGUGUGUUGAAGUGUGUUGCAAUCCCG